CCAGCGCCCUGCCUUUGACCUACAGGUAUGACGCCGGAAGGGAUGGCUUCAUUGACCUGAUGGAGCUGAAGCUGAUGAUGGAGAAGCUGGGGGCCCCCCAGACCCACCUGGGCCUGAAGAGCAUGAUCAAGGAGGUGGACGAGGACUUUGAUGGCAAGCUCAGCUUCCGCGAGUUCCUGCUCAUAUUCCACAAGGCCGCAGCGGGGGAACUGCAGGAGGACAGUGGGCUGAUGGCGCUGGCCAAGCUUUCUGAGAUCAAUGUUGCCCUGGAGGGCGUCAAAGGUGCCAAGGACUUCUUUGAAGCCAAGGUCCAAGCCUUGAAAUCUGCCAGUAAGUUUGAAGCGGAGCUAAAAGCGGAGCAAGACGAGCGGAAGCAGGCAGAAGAGAAGAGGAGGCUCCGCCAGGCGGCCUUCCGGGAACUCAAGGCCGCUUUCAGUACAUAGUUGGGCUGACCUUGACCUCUGGCCACAGCUGUGCCUCACAGAUGCCCCAGGGAGAGCUGGCCGGGCAUCCUCGCCCCUGCUGACCCUUUGCCCCAACAAGCCUUCACAACCACCACCCAGCGCAAACUCCUUAACCUCAUAGGGGUGGCGGGGGGCGGCUCUCAUCCCCAUUUGGGAGCCCCUCCCAGAGGUUCCAGCUGCCCCCGCCAAGUCCCUCCCCUGCUCGCCUUCCUCUACCCUUCUCUGUAGCCGGAGUGUGCCUCUACUUGGCAACCUUUACUUUUUCCUUGUCUCUUUCCCACUCCACAUCAGAGUGGUCUGCUGUGUUAAUUUGUACAGAUGCUUCUUUCUUUGGCGGUCCUCAGAGGAGAUAGUCCCUGGAGGCCUAUGAUGUUAAUAUCGCCCAUUUUCUUGGGUACUCCUUUUCUGUGCCUCUUCCCGUCAUGCCCCCUCUCCUUUGUUUCUCAUCCAACUUCCCUGUUCUCAUUCUUAGCCUGAUCCUGCCGGGUGCUUUUGCACCUUCUGUCCUCUGAUGAUGGUGAGGUUUAAGGCAGGCCAGGCUGGACCACUCCCUCUUCCCUCUCCAAUAGGGGGCACGGCAUGCUGCUGAGAUGACACAAAAUAGUGAAAGGAUAGGAGAGUCUGUUCCUUCCCAUCACCUUUCUCCUGUCCUCUUAGCAUUCCCCCUAGAUCUAUCCUUUUCAUUCCUCUUCCCACUUCAGCCUUUUUUUUCCUACCCCUAAAUACUGUGCUACUUAACUGUAAGAAUGAUUAUAAGUAAUAUUAAUGAGUAGAAGAAUUCCUGUUAACUCGGACCUUAUGCAAAUUAUAUUACAGUAGGACCCCUGACAUUCCCAAGUGACAAAUCCAGAGCCUUUCAAAAUCCCCAAAGUCACGACCAUCCUCACCACCUAGCUGGUUUCCAACCUCUGCUCUAAGGUGCUGUGGUGAAGCUGUUCUUCAGCAUAAUUUUUUAUGUGUUAUGGGUUCUUGGGGCUGCUCACAAAUAUCAGGGGUUUUUUGUAUUUUAUAAAAGAAUUUCUAACAUCAUAUUUAUUUCUUCUCUUUUUUACCUGCUGUCUCUACAAAAAAGAAAACAUCUGCAUUUUUACCUUACGGCUGUUCUUUUUAAAUAAACAGUGCAAAUGGACUUUGCCGUCA